ACCGAACUAUCCAAGAUUCUUAAAAAAAAAACAUGGUAUUUUUUUCCUGCAAUUAACAAUAUUUUCUUUUGGUCUCUGGUAACAAUGUUAACAUACGUUUCCUUAUCACGAUAUUAGAUUAAAUUUGAUCGACCGAGAAAAGAUCGAAAGAUCUUACACGUGAUCGAGGGAAGCAAGAAAAGAAUGAAAGAAAGAUAAACAGCAAACAGUAAGAAAGAAAAGAGAAAGAAAGAGAGAGAGAGAGAGAGAAAGAAAGGAUCUCGUUGGCCUCGAGGCGAUCUCUUCUAAGAGGUGCGAGCGACUGGUGGUGAUGGUGUGUAGUCUACGGCGACAAAGUGAAAGUAAGAUUUUGCUUUCUACUCGUUUUCUUAGCAGUGAGGGCCGUACCGUGGCCGCGAUCGUAUGUUUAGAGAACAAUGUACGCGUUCGCCGCUACCAAUACCUGAGAAAACAACAAAAGAAAAAAUAAAAAAAAAAGAAAAGAAAUUAUCUCAUUUACGAAAUCGAAAUUAACAGGCAGGCAAGCUGUGUGACUCUGUUCGCGGCAUGUACUUAAUCAUGAAAGUUACGUUGAUUCUACAUUGAAAACGGGAGUGAACGAGAUCAUAGAAAAUUGGAAAGAUUUUAAGGGAUUCGAGUUUGGCGGAUGAUGAAAAUGUCGCACGUAGCAAUUCCACCAUGCUUGUUCUUUCUCGUUGUCUUCUUUCUUGUCGGCACCUAUUGUCAACAAGAAACUUCUCAGGCACGAUACAGGUUCUCACAACUCAUACCGACGAACUCGGUGUAUGAACAUCGAGAAAGUGAUGUACCUUUGGAAUGGGGCAAAAAAAAUGAUACAUCAUUGUUACUCCGUUCGCUCGAGGAAAAUAACGUCAUGGAUAUGUCACGAUUGAAUUCAAAGGAAAAUACAGAAGAAAUAGAAGAAGAAGGAGAAGAAGAGGUAGAAGAAGACGAUGGCGUAGCUGAUGAGUGUGAUUACGAAAUCAAUGCUAAAUCGGGAAUUCCUUCUGAUUAUAUUAAAGAGCAAUCGAAAUGCAAGCGACCGAUACACGAACAUAAUCCACUUUCAAAUGUCGAUGGUCUUCAUAAUGCUAGGAAUCGCGAAUACGACGAAGAUCAUUCGACGAAUCAGUACGAUUCGUAUUAUUAUUACGAGGAUUAUGAUAACAAUAAUCGAUCGCAAUACAAAACCGUAGACGCAGAAACCGUCGAUUAUGCGGACUUUGAAACACACGACGCAACUACCGAAAGAUCGGCAGAAUUAAAUAAUCACGAAGAUCAUCCUUUCAUCGACGAAGGAGUUUUAAAGGAGGACAACGAAGAGGAUGAUUCGAUCUCUACAACGAAUACAGAUGCUAAAGAAGUGACUUCGAUGGAAGGUAGCAACAAAAACUUUGCCUUUAUGAAUCCACCAAAACUGUCACCGUCAUCGGACGAUCCUGACGAGUUAGAAAGUUCGAUCUUGAUCGGUGAAGCUAUUGUAUCUGUAGUGACAACAAAAAGUGUCGUCAAUGGAACGAUUUCUAUUCCAACGAGCACACCAACGCCAAUGACUACUGAACAAGUAGCACCACCACCGUCAUUGACCAAAGAAAAAUCUAUCGAUGAUCGAAUAUUAGAAAGUACUACGACUGAGGAUUCCAGAGUAUUGGCUUUUGUACAAACUAGUCGUAGCAUAAAUGGUGCACGUUUUCUACCAUUUCCGGUGGUAGAUCGAGUCGUACGAAUAAACAAUGAUGCUGCGGCCAUGACCUCAAUAAAAAAGACAUUUCCACCUCCAGAAUCAACGGAAAGCAUCAUCGAUAAACUUGACAGAGUGCAAUCUGAAUUAUCAAGUGGUUUCCUUGUUGGUGGCUUCAGAACAGCUGGUAAUACAUUGCAGUUGGAUGUUUUAAAUGAUAGAGAUCGUACAACUCGUCGUAAAUAUGUUACAUCUACGAGCGGUAGUAGUACUACUACUAGCAAAACUCCUAUUAUUAGUAAAUUUGUACCUAGAAGGUACAAUGACAAGAGGUUUGAUCGUACGAAUGUUAACAACUCUUCUGAAGGGUUCUUACAUGAUUCUGAUUCCAGUGUGAUGACUACUAAUACGCCACGAGCGAAGAUAGCAUUCAAAUGGCCUUCUGGAAAAACUACAACGCCAUUAAACUCCGAUGAAACAAAGUCUACGACUCAGGCCAGCACAGCUGCUACUAAAAAGACCAAUACACAAAUCAUCUUCCAAGAUGUCAAAUCUUUCCUACCACCUGGUUUUAAAUUAUCGAAAGAAGAUCGACAGGAAAUAACAGAACGUAGUGCCUUGAGCGAUAUCUUAGCAAAAUCAAAGGUUGAUGUCUCUAAACUUUUGCCGGCUGAUUAUAACAAAAAAAAGAACGGCGAAAUUAUACCUGCUAGUGUUGAUUCAUCGAACUUUACUACAGAAAAGAUCUCCAUUCAAAAUCUUUUCGCCAAUUCGAAGUUUGACGUAACUGCAUUGUUACCUCGUGAUUAUACAGAAAAAGCGACGAACUCGUCAGAAUCAAAGAACGAUGAAUCGAGUGAUCCUAAUAAUAAUAAUAAUAAUUCCACUUUAACGAGCACUGAACCGACUACAGCUAAAGCUAGUGGUUUGAAAAUUGUAUUUCCUAGCAGACCAGGUGGACGGAAACUUGGUCAUAAAAUUACAACUCCUCAGAGUCAUCGAAUCGAUGGACUUCCUGCAAUUACUCCACGUAUACAAAAAGGAUGGCCAACUAGAGCUACCACCGAGUUUACUGGCUGGCCAACUCCAUCUACUACUCCAAUCUCAAUUGAAAAACUCUUGGAAGUCGCAAGAACUGCAACAGAUAUUUCUGUGAACAUGUCGGUCGUCGAAACUACAAGUGCUGUUUCAAUAACAUCUACGACAACUACGACAACGACUACACCAAGAUCAACUACUAUUGGAAUAUGCGAGGAAGAAUGUGAAGUUGCUGGUACUAUACGAAUAAUUGGUAAUACUAUUUGGGUGCCAGAAUUACUCGAUCGUAAUACUCAAGAAUGGCAGCAACUUGCAAACGAGAUUGAAAGAGAUAUGAAUUUCGUUUUUUCAAAGUCUACCGUUUUAAUGAAUUGGUACAAAAAAAUAAGAAUCGAUUCGUUCAGCCAAGGUAGUAUUCUAGUAGACUUUUUCAUUGAACUCGUGAACUUACCGCAAAGAAUCAACACGCAAGAAUUGAAAGUAAUAUUUCACGAUUCUUUGAGAACGUAUAAUUCGAGUCGUUGGAAUGAGACGAAGGGUAAAGGAGAUAUGAAGUUAGGUGUAUUUACGAUAGAUCCUAAAUCUACUGAUUUUGUAGUGAUACCCAAGGUUCCUUCCUCCAACAUAAUUGAAAACGAAGAUAGAUUAAUACCUCAGUGGGCAGUUGUUAUGAUAGUCAUCGGUAUUGGAGGAUUAUUAUUCAUUAUUGUAUUCGGUGUUUCAGUACUGGUCAAUCGUCAAAAUGGUUCAAAGUUGAAACCCUCUGUAUCUACUAUUUACGAAGAUGGAAUCGGAAAAAAUAUACUGGGAAAUUCACAUGCAACCUCGUUGAACAGAUCCAAUGAUUAUCCGAAGCAAAUACAUACAAUAUGGACUGAUCCAGAUGUCUCAUGGAACGAUAAAUCAUUUGAAUCGACGUCUAAUAAGGUAUUAGUAGACAGAUCAUUUCAAGAAGGUAAAAAAUAUAACCUCCACGAUAGUUGGCGAUCUGAAUGGAACGGAUAUUAUUCUAAUCCAUCACACGGAAAUAAUAAAUACAGCGGCUAUCAUCAUCAUCAUCAUCAACAUCCAGAUUAUGAUACGAAUUUUUAAAAUUGAUAACAAUAAACUGUUAUCUUUGUAAUUUAUAAGUUAA